GACAUUAAAUGAAAGUUUAAGGGUAUAAUAAUAUUUUCCUAGAUCAAUUUGCUUAAAGGAAAUUUUGUUUUCUGCUUUAUUCUUUAGACCGCAUCAACAGGUCCAUAAAAGAUCCAUCAUUUUCUGUUAAAUUACAAUGGAUGCCACCCACUCAAAUAUCUUAAGUCAAUAAAUUAGAAAUUAAGGGUAUAUUUGACUUUUCAGCCAUUUGGUUAUACGUGUCUUUCAUUCCAUGACUAAACACACGCGUAGCUCACCGCUUCACGCUUUGAUUUUAUCCAAAGCAUAAUAUGUACCUCUUCGUCUUCUCCAUUCUCAUCCCCUACUGUGAUGAAUUCGAGCAUGAAGGCAAAGAGGUUAAGAGAUCAGGAGAAGCUUAUCAAUUUCAGGAUUCGAAGCCGCACACGCAAUUUGUAGAAACAAGGUUAGGGAAAUAUCAGUUGUUAUUAUGUGAUCCGAAAAUGUUUUGGCACGAAUUAACAGUGAGGGACGUUCAUAUCACGAGUUUCAACUCUGACCUCGACCCGAAGUUGGGGAAAGUAUUUAAGUGGAAUCAUAACAGAGGGACAUGUGCAUACUCUUGAGUUUUCCUGACGAUCAAUGAGGUUUGCGUUGUAGUCCGCCCUGCCAUGAGACAGCAGGGUAAUGCUCCAUCAUCAGUGAUAUCCAGUCAUAGCAUGCAUCUUGGUGUCCUUGCUACAGCUUGGCAUGCCAUUCAGAGUUCACAGUAUAUUACAAACCAAGGUAAGUGAUUCAAAGAGCCAGGGAAAAAUAGUUUAAGCUUGUUCCAUAAAUUGAGAUCUAUAUGAUGAAUGGAUUUGACUUUGUUGCCUACUUAUUGCUCUGGGAUUUCCCUUCCUCGCCGCUUUAGUAUUUACUUAUGUAUUAUAGGACAAGCUCUGCUGAGUUUAUAGUCCCAUAUGAUCAGUAUAUGGACUCUCUGAAAAACAAUUGCUCCAUCGGGAUGAGGUUUAAAAUGAGGUUUGAAGGUGAAGAAGCUCCAGAACAGAGGUAUAUUAGCAGCACCAGAAGGAUCAUUUUCCAUCUUUUUUUUUGAGAAAAGGGUAACCUUAGAAGGAUCAUUUUCCAUCUUUUGUAUUAGAUGUGAUUCUACGUGGUUUAGACUUUGAUAUUAAUCAAGCAUAUUUGUGUUAUGCACUUUCAAAUCACUCAUACUAUUUGGUGAUGUUUUGCGUUAAAUAAAUUACUCUUCUCAGAAUCCCUGAUUCUGUUGUUUACUCCAAAA